AAAAGACUCAAAGCCAAAGCUAUGAGAAUAAAGUAGAAGAUAAGGAGAUGGACACAUCAACUUCCCAUUUCCCCUACUUUCCUUCGCUUCCCCUCUAAGCCCCCCUCCACCUCUGUCUCUUUCUCUUUCCAUUCUUUUUUAUUUUCUUUUUUCUUCUUUUAAAUACAUACUUAACAUAGAACAAACUUGUUGCAGAGACUGAAUAUGAGUUCUUCAGCUAGCACCCCAAAUCCUUGGACACCCUAUGAUACUUAUAAAGAUUGUUCACAAGGACUUUGUAGCAUAUAUUGUCCACAAUGGUGUUAUCUCAUUUUCCCACCUCCUCCUCCUUUUAGCAUUAAUGAUGAUGAUGAUAAUUCUGGAACUGAUUUCUCACCUCUGAUUAUAGCAGUUAUUGGCAUCCUGGCAAGUGUAUUUAUCUUGGUAAGUUACUAUACUAUCAUCUCCAAGUAUUGUAGACGGCGUAGGCAGGAUCAUACAAGGUUACAGUUGAAUGAAAGCAGGGAUGAAUUGAAUCAUGAUGGAUGGCAAGCUGCUUCAGAAGGGUUAGAUGAAGGUCUGAUAAAGUCUAUAACAGUUUGUAAGUAUAAGAAAGGUGACGGUUUGAUUGAAGGAACAGAUUGUUCGGUUUGUUUAAGCGAGUUUCAAGAAGAUGAGAGUUUGAGAGUGUUGCCAAAGUGUAACCAUGCUUUUCAUGUCCCUUGUAUUGAUACUUGGUUAAAGUCGCACUCUAGUUGUCCCCUUUGCCGUGCCAAUAUUGCAUCCACCAAUUCUUUGCCUAACCAACUGGCGGCGGUGGCGGCGGCGGCGGCGGCGGCGACAAUCCAGGAAGCUCCCCGUAAUGUUAGUACUCUAUCUGCAUUUGAAUACCAGCAAAGAAAUGACGCUAUUUCAGUGAUCCAGGAUUUGGAAAUGGGUGUUAGAGAAGAGGCUGUCAUUACCCUUGUUGUUAGUGAUGAUGUUGGGGAUAUGGGGAAUGCGAAAGAAAGUAGCAGCAUGAUAGGAAUUGGACAGGAUGGGAAUGGAAUCCAACCAUUGAGAAGGUCCGUUUCAAUGAGUUCUUCUCUUUGUCAAGGCCAAGUUUUCUCCGUUGCUGAUAUAUUACGCAUUAGUGAAGAAGAUGAGGAUCUCCAAAUGGAAUGUCAUUUCCAAUCAUCAUUGGGAAUUGGAUCCUCAAAACAAUUUGAUGGAGAAUAUUGCAAGUCAAAUUGCAGAAAUGGGGUUCUCAAUCUGGUCAGAAGUCCUCUAGCAAUGAAGAGAUCCAUUUCCACAGGAAGAUUUAUGUUCUCCAGGUAUGAAAAGGAUCGAAAUUCUAUUCUCCCCAAUUGAAAACUCAAUUUUUCUGUGCAUAAAAACCAGGAUUUCAAUUUUUUAGUCCUCUGUAACAUGUUAGACACACCACAGUGGAGAUCUCAGAUUUUUAAAUAUGGACUGAUCAGAUUCUUACAUUUGCUGAAUCCAUAUCCUUACAUGGUGUCCUAUCCUAGAUUUCUCUCUGUAGAUUUAUUUUUCUUCUGAAUUCUUGUGGCCUAAACUUCGCUUCACUCUAUUGUGCAUGAUUGAAUGAAGGAUCUUGAAUAUAACCAGUUGCAAUUGUUAAAAUGAUUUCUUCAAUCAAACCUCCACGUAGAACUGAUUUGCAGAAAUGGAGAAUGGAAACAGUUAAAUAUUGUGGAAGUUCUUUUCAUUGAUUUA